GCGCCGGCCACUCGGUCCGCGUCCGGCGAGCCUCGCGGACCAUGGAGCCCGUGUCGCUGCAGGACUUCGUUUGCGCCCUGGACCCCGCCUCCCUGCCGCGGGUGCUGCGGGUCUGCUCGGGCGUCUACUUCCAGGGUUCCGUCUACGAGAUCUGUGGGAAUGAGUGCUGCCUGUCCACAGGGGACCUGAUCAAGGUCACCCAGGUUCGCCUCCAGAAGGUUGUCUGUGAGAACCCCAGCACGGGCCAGACCAUGGAGCUGGACCCCAACUUCAAGGGCCUCUUCAGCCCCCUCACCGGCCCCCAGAGCUAUGGAACCCUGAAGGAACUGUACUCUGCUGUCACCCAGAGCUCCAAGCAGCUGCCCAUCUGGUUCAUGUCGACCCGCAGAAUUGACACAAAGGCCCUGGCGGUGCCUGAGGAGCAGCCCCUCAUGCUCGAGUCUGUGGAAAUGUACCUGGGGACCUGCUCCGCCCGCUGUGUGCUGGGCACGGAGACCCAGGUGGACGUGCUGCACCUGCCCCUGUCCACGAAGGGGCCCUUCUGGGAACUGGAGACCGGUGCCCCUCGGACCCUGCUGCAGGCCCUGGCCCUCAGGGACCUCCUGCUCACCUGCCCCGCCUUCCCCUGGCGCUCCGUGAUCCUGAGGCCCCAGUAUGAGAUCCUAGCCAUCAUGCACAUGCGCAGGACCGUCGUCAGCAUCCCUUCUACUCUGGAGGUCGACGUGGAGGAUGUCACCGCCUCCUCCCAACACAUCCACUUCAUCCAACCGCUGAUGCUGAGUGAGGUCCUGGCGCGGGGAGGCCCCUUCCCCCUGACCACAGAGAUCCUGGAAGUUCCAGACGGCCCCCCCAUCUUCCUCAGCCCUUGGGUGAACUCCUUGCGGAAAGGCCAGAGGCUCUGCAUCUAUGGCCCGGCUUCGCCACCCUGGCGGGUCCUAGCCUCAUCCAAGGGCCGAAAGAUGCCUCGAUACUUCCUGGUCUCUGGGGCCUACCAGGGUAAGCUGCGGCGACGGCCCAGAGAGUUCUCCACGGCCUACGACAUCCUGAGCGCUCUCCGGCCAGGCCAGCCUCUCCGGGUGGUGGCCAUGCAGGACUGCGAGGGGGAUGAGAUGGAGGUCCCUGGGUUCACCUCGCUGACUAUGGGAGACAGGCUGGAGGUGGUGGGGUCUGGUCAGGCCGAGGCUCAGGGCAGGGGCACAGACAUCUUGGUGUGCCGUCGGCUCAGUGACCAGGCCGAGGAGGAAGAGUGUGAAGAGGAGGCAGAGGACCAAGAACAGGUUGUGCUGCCCCUGUACUUCUGCGGCGGCUUCGUGGAGGAGAUGAGUGAUGGCCGGCGCUACAGCCUGGCGGAUCUGACUGCCCAGUUCCCGCUGCCCUGUGAGGUCAAGGUGGUGACCAAGGACGCCAGCCACCCUGCUGACCCUCUGACCUUCUUCCCGGGGCUGCGGCUGGAGGAGAAGAUCAUGGAACCCUUCCUGGUGGUCAGCCUGGACUCUGAGCCUGGAAUGUCCUUUGAGAUCCCUCCCCGGUGGCUGGACCUGACUGUUGUGGAGGCCGAGGAGCAGCCAGGCUGGCCAGCCGGGUCUCUCCCCAUGGCCACCGUGGAGGAGCUGACGGACGUCUUCUAUUAUCACCUGCGGAAGUUGCCUGCCUUUGAGAGCCAGGCCCCGCCCAGGCCCCCGAAGCGCCAGGGCCUCAGUGGGCAGAAGAAACAGCGCAGCCAGUCUUCUCCAGCCCCAGCAGAGCAGCUGCCUGUCCUGUUGCCCAAACUCAAGAUGAAAACCCUGCCAGCAGUCACAGAGGGCAUAUCCAAUACCUACAGCAAGAUUUCUGCCAACAAGGGCCUGAAACCCACCAAGUCCCACCUUCUGGGUCCAGAUGACGACGACCACGAUUACGAAGACCACGAUUACGAAGAGGUAGUUGAGCACUUCCGGAAAACCCUCUAGAUGCCGGGGAACCAUGCUUCCUGACUGCUGCUUCUCAGGGAGUCCAGCAUCCCAGCCAAUGCUACAAGCCAUUAGAAGACCUUGGACAGUCUCACGGAAACCAAACCGUGGACAGGGAAUGGCUUUGUGGGACCGAUCGGAAACGGGAUGGACACAGUCCCAGCUUCCCUCGGGUUCUAGGUCUCUGCCUAGAGGGCUGGCUUGUGUGGGCCUAGCCCCUACACUUGAUGUCCUGACUCAGUGUUGGUGUCCAGAAGAGCCAGCUCGUUUCCACUCCACCCUGUGUCCCCUACACCAGCUGUCUCACUGGUCGGUAAGAAAGGAAUCAAAACUACCAACUUCAGUGAUGGCAGCACCGUGACUCCUGCCUCUUGGCAAAGGGGGACUCAAUCCUGAUCACACUGAACUGAGCCCUUUAUGUUUGCCACCCCCUUGGCCUGCUUCCUGCUCCCCUCCUUCCUCCCUCUCCCCUGCCAAGGCUCUCAGCUCCUGGGAUACAAGGACUGUCUUCCUCCUCUCUGCAGCUCCUAGCACAUGGCAGCUGUAGGUGAUUACCCAAGAUGAUUUCACUCAAGAACCAUAAAAUAAAAAGGACACCUGAGCUCCUGGGAAAAUGACAAGACAUCACUUAUUCUGUGUGCCAGAUCCUUUACAAACCUAUUUAAAUCUUCAAGUUUCUGAGGUAGAUAAUAGCCUGAUUUUCAAGAUCAGGAAACAAGCUUGAGUGAUCAAGUGUUUCAGGAGGCAGACUGGUCACGAACUUGGGUUAGGAUGCCAGCUCACCAUCUAUCCGCUAUGACUAUGAGCAAGUUAUUUUAACCUAAGAUUUACUUUCUUCACAUCCUACCUAAUAAAAGGGUAAUAUGUAAAUUACCAUCACUCCGCUACGCCCACGAUUGGGCCAGCGGGAGGCACGGGGUGGGACUCGGGGUGGCUGGGGUAGCCGAUUGGGCUGGCAGGACGCUGAGCUCGUGUUGCCAUCAGUGGCACGAGCUCAGCGUCUGUGCCAUGGCUGUGCUGCGGCACAGAAGGGGCCUCUGGGGCAGCGAGCUCACGUCCCGCCGUGGACCAUCAAAAGCGGGGGAGCUGGGUGCCUGUCUGCUCCGGCACCAGCGAACAGGCACCCAGCUCCCCUGCAAUUGAAAGCGAAAGCAUGUAGGGGACCCUAUGCGUGCAUGAUUCAAUCAUGCACUGGGCCUCUAGUGUAAAAUAAAACUAAGUUACCUACCUCACAGGACUGUUUUAAGAAUCAAAUCAGUUAACUUUUGUAAAGCAUUUAACACGGUGCUUGAGACAUAAUAAACACUUGAUAAACAUGUAUCA